AUGUUAUUUCAAAAGUAAUCACUCCCAGCCUUAAAUUCAUUCUGUUACUAAUCUAACAAUGAGGAAUGCGAAUCGUAACUUAGACCUUUGUAUUUAUUGAUUCGAGAAAAUCAAAUUGACGUCUAAUAAGAAAAUAUUACUUUAGUCGGUUUAUUUAAACUCUUAAAAAUCUGGAAAUUAGAUAUCCCAUUUUCAAUUUUAGCGAAGUUAAUGUUAAAUGCAAACAAAUAUUGUAACUAGUAAUUGAAUUAAAUGAUCAAUUUACAUUCUUUGCAUCAAUUAAUGCAUAAUCCUUAACUUUAGAUGAUAUACAGAAAGAAACCAAAAUCAGAAGUGUUCUAAUUAAUGGGAAAUAAUGCAUUUUUGUAAAAUUGUUAAUUUUCAACUCCUCAGACUCUAGUUGGAUUAUUCUCUAGAUUAGGAGAACUGAUGUAACGAAAGUAGAUGUAUCUCAAAAUCAAUAAUGAAAACAUAGAUGCCAAGGAUAAGUAUAGUUACAUUAUAUAAAUGAUGCAAAACACCCCCAGAGAUCAGAAGAUCAGUCCCAGAGACAAUAACGCUGAAAAAUAGGAUAGUUUACUUUUGGGGAAUCAGCUUUUCAGUACUCAAUCAAAAGUGGAUAGCAUUUUGUUGCUUGAAGAAUAAGAGGAUAAGGAUGAAAAUGACGAUCAAUUUCCUUAAAUUAAUAAACCUAUCAAACAAAAGUUUCAAAAAUUGUAGAAUGUUUUAGAUUUGAACAAUUAAUAAUUUAAAAUGAAUCAUAGAAUGAGAAAAAUGCAUACAACCAUGAUGAAACACAUGCUUCUCCUUAAAUAAAAUUCAAAUGUCAAUAAGAUAAAUAAAUUAAUACAGUAAACACAAGGCCCCAUUUAAAUUAAAUUACCUGAAAUAUGA